GUCUGGGCGCGGUGAGGAUCCGACUACAGGGUAUUCGGGACCUUGAAAGGGGCUGCGGUAUUGUUGGGUGGGACUUCCGGCGGCACCGGCGAUUUGGUUCUUCCAGCCUAGGGGUAUGUGCACUCUGGCUCUCCAGGCUUUUCGGUACCUUGCAGAGAAGCACCGAAAGGGGAGGACAGCCACUCCGGCGCUAGCAGGACCUGGAGGAGGCUUCGCGAGCCCACGGGACCAUCUCUGCCGUCGCCUCUCUUGGCUGUGCUCCGCACACGGACUUCCUUGUCGGUGCUAGUUCACAUGGACCUGGCGCAGACAUCAGUUACCUUCAAGGAUGUGGCAGUGACCUUUACCCAGGACAAGUGGGAGCAGCUGGACCUUGCCCAGCGGACCCUAUACAGGGAAGUGAUGCUGGAAAUCUGUAGGCUCCUGGUCUCUCUGGGAUACCCAGUCCCCAAAUCAGAGCUUGUCCACCUAUCGGAGCACAGGCAGGAGCUAUGGAUUGUGAAGAGAGGCCUCUCCCAAAGUGCCUGUGCAGAUACCCGUGACCUGUCGCGGGAAAUCGUGCGAGACCCGGGAUCACUCCACCCCCACUCCCCGCGCCAUGGGACUGCCCUGAGUCCUGGAGUCCUGCCCCACGUGGCCAGCGCACCACGGGACGGCCCCAAGUCCUGGAGGCUGCGGAAACCCUGGCAGAAGCUGCACAAAGCGGCCACCGGAAGCCCCGCGUCCCCACAGGGCCACAGGGACCCCGGCAGAAGCUGCAUGGAGCAGCCGCUGACCCCGCCCCUGCUGCCCCGCCUCCACUGUGCACAUCGCCAUUUUGUGAUGGCAUGA